UUCCAGAAAAUUAAAGACUCUCCAAGAAAAUUCCUUUCUCUAGAAACUUAUAGACUAACAACAAAAUUCUUCUUGAACUAUCCUUUGCUUUUUUGCUUCAACAUAUAUAUAAAUUCCAACUGUGCAAUCCAUUCAACCAACACAACAAAAAUAUAACUCAUAUAUCAGUAGUAUACUCGUCACAUUCCUAAGUUCUACUUACUAUCAUCAAAUCAAAAAAUGGAAAAAGCAAAAGUUCAUGUUAUGAAUCUUCUUGUCUUAGCAACGAUUAUAGCCGUUCUUCCAUCAAAAACCCAAGCUUUAAUGCCAUACACACGCCCAUUCUUCGACUUAAUGUUCCCACAAGAAGACCCAAUUAAGAUUCUUGAACAAACCCCACUUACAAUUCCUAAAGGGAUUGAUCAAUCAAUCGCCUUAUUAGCUCGUACAGAUUGGAAAGAAACAUCAAAAGAACACAUAAUUUCACUUGACAUUCCGGGGAUGAAAAAGGAAGAUAUCAAGAUCGAAGUUGAAGAAAACAGAGUGUUGAGAAUUAGUGGGGAGAGAAAAACAGAGGAGGAAAAUAUCGAAGGUGAGAAAUGGCAUAGAGUUGAGAGAACUUCUGGAAAGUUCUGGAGACAAUUUAAGCUUCCAAGGGAUGUUGAUUUGGAACAUAUUAAAGCUAAUUUGGAAAAUGGGGUGUUGAAGAUUACUGUACCAAAAUUAGCUGAGGAAGAGAAGAAACAGGGUAAAGUGAUUAGUAUUUCUGAACCAGUAGUAAACGGUGAAGAUAUUAAAGCUACUAAAGCUGCAAUGUAAAAGGAAGUGUACAAUGUGAUUAUUGUUCAUAAUCAUAUCUUGUAUUUUUUAAAAUCAUGUUUGUUGGUGUGAAUUACUGUUAAGUUUGGGUUAAUUAAGGUUCUGUAAUUGAGCUACACAGAUGAAGAUGUCAUAAUGUAAGAGUCCUUGUUUAUCUUAUGUGAUAAAAAAAAAAUGUUUUGCUAUUA